CCGUUUUAUUAAAAUGGCCGGUUUUCAAAAGCUUUUAACAUGUGAGUUAAGUUUGCUGCUAGCUGUAUAGGGUAUCAGCAGCAUUUUCAUUUAUUUCGGUAACACACAUAGUUAUUUUCGUUUUGACUUUAGAUUAGAAGAAGAAGUUAAGUGAAAUAGUUUUGAAUUUUCUUUGAAAGAAAACUAUAAUCAGUCGGAUAAGAUACUUGCACUGUUGCAGGUUGUUCGAAAUCAUCGAAUCGCUAUUAGUAUUACUAUUAGUAAUAAUAGCACCACUUUCCUACUCAGCAGUGGUUUUAAUCUUUUAUUGACACUGGGACUUAUUUACUUAUUGUGGCCUUUCCUCUGCUACUAGUACUACUACUGCUAGUCUUGUGCCAAACUUAACUAUGGAAGUGAAUCAUAACUGCAAGUUUACGAAAGUAACGUGUACCUGUAACACCUAUCUUAUGUUAGGUCAGCUGAUCAACGUGAGACUAAGCUAACAUCAAAGAGUAGUGUAAUAUAUAUAUAUAUAUGCUGUUGUAGUCUUGCAAACAUUUACUUAGAAAUUAGACUGUGUAUAUGUGAAUCUCACUCUUUAAGUACUGCCGUUAAAAAUACUUUUGAAAUCAGCAUUAGUUCUUAAUAUUUAUAUUUAACAACUUAAGAGAUACUGAGAAAAUAAAAUGACUGAUAAUUCCUCAGAGUGCAGCAUUCAAGUGGUGUGUCGAUUUCGACCGCUAAAUGUAGCCGAAGAAAGAGCUGGCAGUAAAUUUGUUGUGAAAUUUCAUCAAAAUACAGAAGAAUGUAUUUCUAUAGGGAAUAAGGUGUAUUUGUAUGACAAAGUUUUCAAGCCUAAUGCUACUCAAGAAAAGAUAUACAAUGAAGCAGCAAAAGCCAUUGUUAAAGAUGUCCUUAUGGGGUACAAUGGAACAAUAUUUGCAUAUGGACAAACGUCUAGUGGAAAAACACACACGAUGGAGGGUAUUCUGGAUGACCCAAUUAAGCAAGGAGUAAUUCCACGUAUUGUGAAUGAUAUAUUUAAUUAUAUUUAUUCCAUGGAUGAAAAUGUAGAGUUCCAUAUUAAGGUAUCUUACUUUGAAAUUUACCUUGACAAGAUCAGAGAUCUUUUAGAUGUGUCAAAAACAAACUUAUCAGUCCAUGAAGACAAAAACAGAGUUCCUUAUGUAAAGGGUGCAACAGAAAGGUUUGUGACUAGUCCAGAAGAAGUAAUGGAAGUUAUUGAUGAAGGAAAAGCAAACAGACACAUAGCUGUAACAAAUAUGAAUGAGCACAGCUCCCGUAGUCAUAGUGUAUUUCUAAUAAAUGUAAAGCAAGAGAAUAUGGAAAAUCAGAAGAAACUGAGUGGGAAAUUGUACUUGGUAGAUUUAGCUGGAAGUGAAAAAGUGAGUAAAACUGGGGCUGAAGGAAUGGUUUUGGAUGAAGCUAAGAACAUCAACAAAUCUCUUUCUGCUCUGGGAAAUGUAAUUUCAGCAUUAGCUGAUGGAAAUAAAAGCCACAUCCCAUAUCGUGACAGCAAGCUUACUCGAAUUCUUCAAGAAAGUUUAGGAGGAAACUCCCGCACAACAAUUAUAAUCUGUUGUUCUCCAGCCUCUUACAAUGAGACUGAGACAAAGUCAACUCUAGAAUUUGGUAGAAGAGCUAAAACAGUUAAGAAUACUGUAGUAGUGAAUGAAGAAUUGACAGCUGAAGAGUGGAAGCGGCGAUAUGAGAAAGAGAAAGAAAGGAAUGCUAAGUUGAAAAUUCAGCUGUCACAAGCUGAAGCAGAACUUAAUCGUUGGAGAAAUGGUGAAUCAGUACCUCAAGAUGAACAACUAACUACUAAAGAGUUGGAGACCAGUACUUUAAGUCUCUCUGAAUCUUCUUCUGUGGUCAGCUUGCCCAACUUAGUACCUCAGGUAUCAGCUGAACCAAUGACCAAUGAAGAAAGAGCAAAGUUUGAAGAGGAUAGAGCACACCUAUAUGCACAGAUGGAUGAAAAAGAUGAUGAAAUUGAUCGUCAGAGUCAGUUGAUUGAAUCUUUCAAAGAACAAAUGCUAGAACAGGGAGAGCUGAUCAUAUCCAUUCGCCGAGAUUAUGAGAACCUACAACAGGAGAUGAAUAAGAUCCAGCAGGAGAAUGAGGCAGCCAAGGAGGAGGUAAAGGAAGUACUUCAGGCUCUGGAGGAGCUGGCUGUCAACUAUGAUCAGAAGUCACACGAAGUAGAAAUAAAGAAUAGAGAUUAUGAAACUCUUAGUGAAGAACUAAACCAAAAGUUGUCCCAGCUAAAUGCAUCUCAGAAUGACUUGCAACAGCAAAAGGACCAAAAUGUUCACCAGAAGAGAAGGAUCACAGAGAUGUUGUCCAACUUGUUAAAAGACCUCGGAGAGAUUGGGAAUGUCAUUGGUGGAAAACCUACGGACAUGAAGCCUCUAACAGAUGUAAAUGGAAAAAUUGAUGAAGAAUUCACAGUUGCUCGUUUGUUUAUCAGCAAGAUGAAAUCUGAAGUGAAGGCACUAGCUCAGCGUUGUAGCCAAUUAGAGAUUUUCCAGUCUGAUUGUAACAAGAAGACUGAAAUCAAUGAGAAGGAACUGGCAGAAUGUCGAUUAUUGAUCAGUCAGUAUGAGGCAAAAGUGAAGACUCUUCAAGAAUCUAUGCGGGAUACAGAAAAUAAAAGGAGGACACUAGAGGAAGUUAUAGACCAACUGAAUGAAGAAUGUGCUAAGUUGAAAGCAGCUGAUGAAAUGCAUAUCAUGACCUCAAAAGAGAAGGAAAAAGAGAAAGAUAAUGCAGAAAAGAUAAAAUCAGCAUUGGAACAGCAGAUAGAAAAACAUAGAGAUGCCCACCAGAAACAGCUAUCAACACUAAGAAAUGAAUUGUCAGGGAAACAAGAACAAAUAGAUGAACUUAAAGACAUAAAUCAGAAAUUGUCAUUAGCACAGGAAAGAUUACAGAAAGACUAUGAGAAGAUGAAACUGGAAGAACAAGAAAAAAGCCAGAAACUUCAGGAACUCACCUUAUUAAAUGAUCGUCGGGAACAGGCUCGUCAAGAUUUGAAGGGAUUGGAAGAGACUGUAGCCAAGGAACUUCAGACACUUCACAAUCUGCGAAAGUUAUUUGUUCAAGACCUGCAGAGUCGUGUGAAAAAGUCUGCUGCUGAAGAUGAGAGUGAAGAUACUGGUGGCAGCCUUUCACAGAAACAGAAGAUUGUGUUUCUGGAAAACAAUCUAGACCAACUGACCAAAGUUCACAAGCAGCUGGUACGUGAUAAUGCUGAUUUACGAUGUGAAUUACCUAAGUUGGAGAAACGAUUCCGUGCAACAAUGGAGAGGAUCAAGUGUCUGGAAUCAGCUCUUAAAGAUGCUAAGGAAAGUGCUAUGAAAGAUAGAAAGAGAUACCAGACAGAAGUAGACAGGAUCAAAGAAGCAGUGAGGCAGAAGAGUUUAGUAACAAGAAGACAUGCAGCUCAUAUUGCAAAGCCAAUUCGAGCUGGUCAUAACCCUGCAAUGACUGGAGGACAAGGCAUACGAGGAGGUGGGGGAAUGGCCAUGGAUAAAAUGGCAAUGAACAGUAUGAAUGCUAGAGACACCAGAACUGUUGGAGGGAAGACUGAAGCUGAAGCUCUUGGAUACAGGUCAACGAAGAAAGCCUCUGCAUCUCCAAGGAAUUCAAAUGUUACUAAAUCACAAGAAAGAGGAGGACGUUAACAACUAUCUGUGAACCUUAUAAUAGUUGACUCAACUAUUUUUUGUUUCUUGAUAUCACCUAACCAGACAAGAAUUUGGGGCAAGUCUUAUGCAAAGAACAAUAAGCCAUGGAUCUAUCUAAAUGAAUGGGAAGCAGAUCCUUUUAAUUAUCAUUAUAAUGACAAAAUGAUACAACUUAUGUAAUAUUUUCUUGUUCAGUAUUUUUAUGUCAUUGUAAUGUAAAUAUUGAUGCUUGUGGGUUCUGAUAAACAUAUUUAAGACAGAGUCCAGUUAGUGAUUGAUUAGGUUGUUCUGAGUUAAACUAUAUUCAAAAUAGGAUGGCAGUUUUGUUUCCUUUUAGUUCAGAUGCUUAUUUCCUGAUUAAUGUGGCUAAUUAAAUCUUUCUGUAAUGAGUGUUGAAGCUUUUAGCAUAUUCGUUAACCUAGAAAACGACAACAUGGAGUGCGAUUGCUCUUUGUUGAAUACACAAAUAAAGGACACUUUCUAUUGCAAUACCAUAGAAAAAUGGUAGUCUUCAGUAGAAGUGGUUUUAAAUUCCUCUAUAAUUGUGAUAUUUAAUUGGUGUUACUGAUGAUAAGAUCAUAAGUAUAAAAAGAUUAUGCCUAUGUAUAUAAAUGCUGUUAAGCUACACAUGUCCCACAUUUGAUGGGGAGGUGAGAAGGUACUUUGAGUAAUCCAGCUUAUUUUUUUUCAUUUUUCAUUUAAAAUGUACUUGUGGAACCUGUAUCUGAGUCUAAAGAGUAAGGUACAUAACAGGCUAUUAGAUAAAACUUGUUUUUUCCCUAUAAGUACCUUUUUGUACACGUAUUUUACUUUCGUUUCUUGUAAUUCUUAAUUUUAGCACUUAAAUUGAUAAUGAUGCUUAAAAACAGAUAUUUUUAUCAUUUAGUGUUGGUUUUAACAAUUUUAAUAAUGCUAAACAGUUGUGAUAGAGUUUGAGAAACUUUCAAAUGACGGAAUUAUAAUGUACUGUAAAGUGAGUUAUGUAUGAAUGUGGUUCAAAUACAUAUAACUGGACAGAUAUGUUCCUAGAUGUUUGUACAAGAUUUCUCCACUUGGUUUUCUCAUACACCUUCUUAGAUAAUACAAUGAAAACAAUAAUGGUUCAACUCAGGCAGAGAAUUCAUAAUUCUAGUGAGUGUAGAAUCCAACAGUUGUGGGUGAAUACUAAGAAUAAUGAAAUAUAAAGCGAACUAAAAUACAAUUCUGAUUACAUAGUUCAAAUUUUUACAUCCUAUGGACUAAAUUUUAUUAAGUUAUAACUUAGAAGUUGCAUUGUAACACUGAUUAAGUACAGGAGAGAAAUUUCUACUUUAGUCUGUAGUGUGAUGAAGUAGAAGUUGUAACUUCUUACUGUUGUUCUUUGGUUUAAUAAAUAAAAUCCAAAUGUAUACUUUCA